AUGAACGACUCUAGGAAACCUCAUACCAUGAUCCUGCCUACAAGGGACUUCACCCACGGUGAAGCAUCGUAUUGUCCCUUCCCUACAGUCACUGCAGCCUUCUUUCACUAUGCUGCGGCUAUUCCCUCAGCCAAGGCUGUUAGAGACUUGUCUGCUAAUACAGAAAGGGCGCUUACAUAUCGGGAGCUAGCCAUCCAUGUGCAGUCACUUGCGUCACGGCUGCGGAGGAUGGGCGUGGGCCCUCACCAAACAGUCCCACUGGUUGUCAAGCGAGGGGCUGAGAUGGUGAUUGGUAUAUUGGCCAUAUUGUCCUGUGGUGCACAGUAUGUGCCUCUCGAUGGCGGAGUCGUCCCGGAUUCUACGAUCAAGCUUGUUGCGGAGCAGUGCGGCGGGCAGAAUGUUGUCUGUAUAACAUCAACGGAAGACCGCAUCAAAAAGCUCUUGCCUACGCACAGCCCCAUAGUUGUUGAGCAGACUCCAGUUGAGGAUCAAGAAUAUGAUGCUCCAGAGUCUUGGGUUGAUCUUGCGUCUGCUGACGGUGGAUGCUACGUCAUCUAUACCUCUGCUGCUUGGGAGAUUUUCUCGUGUCUUUGCAAUGGCGGCACGCUCGUUCUGAGAGGCUCCAAGUGGGAGCCUACUGUUCGACAGCUUGACGUAUUCAUUUGCACACCCACCAUCUUGUCAAAGUACCAUCCAAAACUGUAUCCCAACAUCAAAGUUGUCGCAACCGCUGGAGAACCCACCUCUCAGGAUCUGGCCGAUCUCUGGGCAACACAUGCAACGUAUUGGAACUGUUGUGGACCCACGGAAACUACCAUUGUCAACACAAUGUCGAAGCAUGUCGCUGGUGACCCUAUUUCCAUUGGCCGGCCGACUCCCAACAACUCGGUUUACAUUUUAGACAAUGACGGCAGACCCGUACCUGUGGGUGUGGCUGGUGUGAUGUGGGCAGGCGGCCACGGCGUCACUCGUGGCUACGUGGGGCUUGAAUCCAAGACAAAGGAAACGUACAUUCCAGAUCCGUUCGCAAAUGACGGAGUGGACGAUCAGGUCAAGGUCAAGGGUUUCCGAGUGGAACUUGACGGAAUAUCAUCUUCGCUGGCUUCCGCACCUGGAGUUACCCGUGCAACCGCCCUUUUAAUCGAGGGAGAGAUUCAUGGGUUCACAACGCCAUCUGGUCAAGACGAGCAGUCGAUCCUUGCCCACACCAAGAAAUUGCAGCCGUACUAUGCCAUUCCGUCCAAGCUUCACCAGCUGCAAAUCUUCCCCACUACAGCAAAUGGGAAGAUUGACAAGAACGCUCUUCGUCUCAUGGCUCUUACGCCUGAACCAAAGCACGAGACACAGAGUUACGACGAGGAAGCUGCAAUCGGCAGCGACCAGAGCACUCUGGCCGAGGUUAGAUCCAUAUCGACUUCGUCCACACUGACAGAACCAGAGAAGCACAAGCUCGACAUUUCGAGAGAGAUUCCGGAAAAGAAACUGCCCAAGCAUUUGCGAGGAUUCCGACACCGUAUUGCCAUCGUUUAUCGAUUUCUCUUUAGCCUUAUUGGCCUGUUAAAUGUCGGCGCGCUUAUUGCCCUGCUCCUGGCCAACCCAGGAGCCGAGUGGUUCGCCACCCUCACGGCGGCAAACUUGGUCCUUGCCGUUUUGGUCCGCCAGGACGUCGUCAUCAACACGCUAUACACUGUCACUUGUUCUCUCCCCAAGUCGGCUCCCCUCUGGAUGCGAAAGCGCUUUGCAAAAAUCUACCACCUGGGUGGUGUUCAUUCCGGUGCUGGAGUGUGUGCCACGGCGUGGCUUCUCGGGUCCACAUUCCGGUCAACAGUGGCUUAUACGCAGAACAAGACGAAUGAUUCAAUUGCAACCCUAAUGGUUUCAUGGAUGCUGUGUGUAUUGUGCAGUGGUUUGGUGGGAUUUGCGUACCCUACAUUCCGGAAGAAGUACCACGACCAGUUUGAGGGAAUUCAUCGGUUUGUUGGCUGGACAGCGCUGGCUCUGUUUUGGGUACGCACCAUGUUCUCGGUGCGAGAUGUCACGCCUGCUGGCGAAGACUUUGGACUUGCACUUGUGAAAACGCCAGGAUUCUGGAUGCUUGGUGUGGCCACCUGCAGCGUCGCCUCCUCCUGGCUCUGGCUGCGCAAGGUGCCCGUCAACACUGUACCGCUUUCGGACCACGCCGUCGUUCUUUCGUUUGACUAUACGGUUCCCGUUAAUGGCAGCUUCACGAGAAUCUCAACGCGCCCACUUUUCGAAUGGCACUCAUUUGCCACGAUUCCAGCUCCGAAGCCAUCAGCUAUUGCCGAGAAGCCUGGUUAUUCUCUCGUUGUUUCGAAUGCCGGUGAUUGGACCAAGGAUUGCAUCCGCAACCCGCCUACUAAGCUAUGGGUGCGUGGUCUGCCCACUUGUGGUGUUAUGAGGAUUGCUACUCUGUUCAACCGCAUUGUCGUCAUCGCCACUGGCUCUGGAAUUGGCCCUCUGCUUGGACACAUUGGCCAGCCCAGCUGCCCGACUCAGCUUAUCUGGUCAACUCCAAGCCCCGAGAAGACGUUUGGCAAGAAGGUUCUUGACACAAUCUACGACUCUAUCCCAGAUGCCGUCAUUCACGAUACCAAGAAGCUGGGUCGCCCCGAUCUGGUCAAAAUGGGCUACAACCUGGCCAAAGACUUUGGAGCUGAAGCUGUUAUUAUUAUUGCAAACGAGAAGAUAACUAAAAAGGUGGUCUACGGCCUCGAAACUCGAGGAGUUCCCGCAUAUGGAGCCAUCUGGGAUAGUUAA